UUUUUUUUUUUUUUUUUUUCUUUUUUUUUUUUUUUUUUUUCUCCUUUUUUUUUUUAACUUCCUCUCUCUUCGCCUAUACCGGAUUUCUCCGUGGCUGGACUCUACUCGUCUGGAUUUAGUUGGAGAAAGUUCCGCGUUUCUUCUCUCCCGGUGCGCGCGGUCUCGCACCUGGACAGGUGAGCUCCCUUUUUUCUCCCCGCGCGCCGGCCGAAGCCGAUAAGAAGACCCCCCCCCAAAACCCCCCUCCCUUCCCCGGUCCCCCUUUCCCUACCCUCCCCCCCACCCGCCCCCCUAAGAUGUCCAAACCGGCCGACCACAUCAAGCGGCCCAUGAACGCCUUCAUGGUCUGGUCCCGGGGCCAGCGGCGCAAGAUGGCGCAGGAGAACCCCAAGAUGCACAACUCUGAGAUCAGCAAGCGUCUGGGCGCGGAGUGGAAGCUCCUGUCCGAGUCCGAGAAGCGGCCCUACAUCGACGAGGCCAAGCGGCUGCGUGCGCAGCACAUGAAGGAGCACCCGGACUACAAGUACCGGCCCCGGCGCAAGCCCAAGAACCUGCUGAAGAAGGACCGGUACGUGUUCCCGCUGCCUUACCUGGGCGACACGGAGCACCUGAAGGGUCUGCCGGUGUCCGCCGCCGCCGCGGCCGCGGCCGCCGCCGCCGCGGACUCCCUGCUGAGCGCCUCGGAGAAGGCGCGCGCCUUCCUGCCCCCGACCUCGGGCCCCUACUCCUUCCUGGACCCCAGCCAGUUCGGCCAGAAGAUGGGCGAGAUGCCGCACUCCCUGGGCGCCGGCUCGCUGCCCUACGCCUCCUCCCUGGGCUACCAGAACGGCGCCUUCGGCCCGCUGGGCUGCCCCACGCAGCACACCCACACCCACCCGUCGCCCACGAACCCGGGCUACGUGGUGCCGUGCAACUGCAGCGCCUGGUCCACGUCCACGCUGCAGCCGCCCGUGGCCUACAUACUCUUCCCAGGUAUGACCAAGACUGGCCUCGACCCGUACUCGUCCGCGCACGCCGCCGCCAUGUAACCGCGUCGGCUAUGCAUGCGCAGACGCGCGCACACGGACAGAAAUCACGCGCGUUUUUGGACUUUAAACAACAACAAAAAAAAGGAAAAAAAAAAAAGUUCCUGAGGGGACUUUGAUGUAAAUGUUUAUAUGGCCGCCGCGGGAAAAAGGAGGCCUUCAACUUUAUUUAUUGUGUAAAUGUCUUUUCAUUUGGCGCAAUCAUAUUUGAUAUGAAAUACGGGUUUUAUUGUUUAUAAUCACACUUUAUUCUUUGACCCACUUGUGAUUCUCUGCUGGAAAAGAACAACAACAAAAAAAAGACUUGCACGCUCGUUUUUUUUUGAAAUGGAGAUUUUUCUGAUUUUUUUUUGUUGUUUUUUGUUGAUUUGCUGACAAUUUGGAGGAGUUGAUGUGUAUUUUCUAUCUAAUAUUUCAUGUAAUCUAGAAGGUUCCAGAGAGAAUCCAAUAAAGACAAUCCGUCUUCACCCCCCACCUCCCCCCCUGCACCAUUAUUGGGACGGCGCUCAAGCAGAAAUACACGGAAGGGACGGCUUAAAAUGACUAAGUGAUGAGGAAAAUUAGUUUGAAAUUCUUGUCAUUUUUUUCCUAGAAUUUUAUUUUUUUUUUUUAAAUGAAGAGGGAAAAUAUGUAUUUCAUGCUGUAUAAUUAUUUAAAACAACUUUAAUGACUAGAAAUUA